AUGGGUUUUUCAGACGAAGACCUAGUCAGCACUGCCCAACCCCAUGUUAACACUCUGGUUGUCACGGUGCAUAUUGGGGGCUUCGACGUGCAUAGGGUAAUGGUCGACUGGGGAAGUGGGGUUGAGAUAAUGUACCCCAAUCUAUUUAGAGGAUUGGAGCUAAAGGAGAAAGACUUGGAGAGUUACGGAGCCCUACUUAUGGGAUUCGAUAGGAAAAUGGUUAUCCUAAAGGGAAAAAUCAAGCUACCGGUCCAAGUAGAUAAGGAGGAGGUGUUGGUGGACUUUAUUGUGGUGGACGCGUAUUCACCAUACAUAGCCAUUCUAGCUUGGCCAUGGCUACACGCUUUCGAAGUUGUAUCAUCCACUUUGCACCAAAAUGUGAAAUUCCCAACUGAAGGUCGAAUCGAAGAGAUAUGA